AUGUUUACUUCAUCAUCAAAUCAAACAAGUUUUAAUCCGACAAAAAAAUUAAAUAUUAAUGCUUCAACACCAGCAAAUUCAAAGAUAGCAACAUGUAAAUUAUUUGUUGGUAAUUUAGCAACACAUACAACAGGUGCACAUUUACAAGCUAUAUUUCAUUC